AUGUUCUUUCUACCUCUUCCAACCACGCUCCUUACCCUCGUCAUCUCCUCACUCCUCUCAAUCGCCACCGCAACACCCUGCUGCCAAUAUACUCCCAUAUCCACGUCCACCACAACCUCCCAAGCUCUCCUCCACGGCGCAACCCAAGGCUACGAAUAUUUUAUCAAUUUCCCCUCCCACACAUCCUGUGUACCUCGCUCUAGGGGCCCAUUUCCCUCUCCCUAUCUGUCAGCAUUCGUUUCGGAAACCUGUGCGAGUUUAGUCAACAAAUUUAGUUGUUUUGAUUCGAGAACGGGUGGUUUACCGGAGGGGGUAACGGGUGUUUAUUUGGUGUUUAAUUUGUUACGAGACGGAGUGGAUUGUGUAGAGGAGGCAAUUGGUGACAUUACUGGGUUGCACAGGGGAGAGAUACAGUGUGUGGAAAAUGAUGGAUUGUGUGUGGGAGAUCGGGGUUUGAUGGUUGCGAGGUCGAGGGUGAUGCCUGAGGGGUACCGUGUUGGCUCAUGGGCGACUCCUGUGGUAUCUGUGGUCUGGUCCUGGCAUUUCAAGAGAGUGAUUUUCCUCAAUGGAGCAAAGACAUUUCUGCAGUAUGUUGGUUUGAAGACUAUCCAAUCCUCAGUGGAAAAGGCUACAUCGAUGUCGAAGCUAAUAAAAUUACCUAUACCACUACAUGGAAUUAAUCGAUUCCGCUAUCGACAAAGCUUAUUGAGCAGAAUUCAGGACUCCUGCUACCCACUCCACACCAUUUGUUUGGCUAUGCUCCAGGAAAACUGUUGCAGGACGUCUUUUGAUCUUAGUGCUCACACUCUAUUCAAUAUUUUUGAGAGUAUUCAUUAUCAACGGAAUGCUCGUGCUUUGAGAUGGGGCCACAACUAUUAUUUCGAGGAAAUUCUGGAUUCUUCUUUGAUCGAGGAAGAUCCGAAUGAUUUUAAGGAGGAUAUUGUUCCUGCUAAUAAGGCAGAUUUAACUGAACUCAUUAGCUCUUUGAGUUUCGACGCUCAAAAUGAAGAGACAUGGAAUCAGGAGUACAUUGGAUACCCUUUAUUCGCAUCACAGGUAUUGACCAAAAAGAAAGGCACGAUACCAAUCCUCACCGCUAGUACUUCGUAUUCGGAAAGCGUUCGUGGCCAACAGAAAGGGCGUCCUGACAUUCAUUGUCUUCCGACUGAAAUCCUUGAAUCAAUCUUAUGCAGCCUUGACUUCUCCGAUACUCGAAACCUACUACAGGCCAGUGCGACAAUAUUUAGACGAUAUGGAGGUAAUCUUCGAAAUCUACCCACGUUAUUUUGGGAGUCUAGGUUCUGGGCUCAAAACGAGAUGGGUUUCGCGCGAUCGAUCCGUCCUUCGACAUAUUCUUGGAAGGGGUGGUUUCUUAAAAUAGAAUCAGAACUAAGGAAAGGUCCAAACAGGAUUAAUCUACGAAAUCGAAAAAGAACCUGCAAGCUUGUUGUGGGAUUGACUGAUCUGAUAUGUGCCGUUCAGGAGCCCAACCGGGUUCUACAUGGAAAUAGUAUUGUACAACAAGACCAGAUAUCGCCAGGCUAUGUUGCAAGUUGCCUGGCCCAAAGAUAUUAUUCCGAAGGUUGUCGAGAGCUGACACGUAGAUCUGUUUGCCUGGGCAAUAUAUCUCGACUUUGUGCCAUUACUCCAUCCUAUGUCCUUUUCUCAAACCGGAGAUUGAUCUCCGGCCUCAGUUUUGAGUUUAACGACGGUGGGUGUAUUGAUGUGGGCUAUAUUGUAGAUAUACCGGAAAAGCGCGUUGUUUCUACGGUUUCGCCUAGCUUUUUAUGGUUGGUUUUCAGUGAAUUGGGAUUCGAGGCAGUUGCAGUCGAUACCUAUCCCCAAGAUUAUCUUGACAGCCUCACGCCUAGCCAUAGAACCAAAAUCGCGAUUGCUAGAUGGCCAUUAGAAGAUCUCAAGGGGGUUUAUCUUGGCCUCGGCGCCAUGCGAAUUGUGAAAGUUUCGAUGGAUAUUGAGAGACAAGACAAAUUUGACGGUAUUUUCUGGAAACAUCCUCGCCUUGCAUCCACACCUUCUAUCCAUGAAGAUGAUAUUACUGCUUUAUAUCAAUUACAGACUGCAUCAUUCGCGCCAGCUUCAUUUCAUUGUAUAGGCCAAGAAAAGGGAAUCCUUAUCGCGAUCAAAGUUUACAGCCCGUUAGGACACUCUGCUGGUAUCACUGGUAUUGGAUUCGUUUAUGAUACAGGCAUUGAAACCAUAUGGGGUUAUAUUCACGACUCUGCUUCAUUGGUUUUUUUUUCUCGACUACCGAUAAGUGCAAUUGCAUCUUACAAGUUGAUCGAGUAUCAGGCUUUAAAUGGUGGAUAUAUUACCGGGUUCUGCGGUUGUUUUAUGGCCCCAUUCAAUCAGCUGCACUGUUUUGGAGUUAUACCAACAACCUCGGCAGUAUCUUCUGAGAUCACUCCGAAUCUCUUUGCUAUCAAGUUACCUUCUGAGAGUCAACUCCAGGAAAUGCCCCUCGGUGGACUAAAGAAUCAUAGCCAACACCAGUUUCGUAUACGUUCCCUUGAGGGACAACUUCCGGAGAUACCCCUCGCAAUAAAGAAUCAUGGCCAACACCAGUCUCAUAUGCUUCUGAGGAAGAAAUAUCAGUCAAUUCAAGCAUCCAUCUCUCCAGCGAUAACGAUGUACCGCCGCGCCGGGCAGGUCACUGGCCUCCUCUUCCGCACAAACGACGAUCCAAGUCAUCCAGAAAUACUUGGCCAAUGGACAGGGACUGGCACUACAUACACCCUUGAAGAGGGCGAGCAAAUCAUGGACCUGGAAGUCACAACGACCACGCCUAUUCGCAAACAAAGGGCGCGGUUUGGUCUGUCGCAAGUCGACGGUAUAACGAUAAUGACCAAUCGUAGGAGAAUCAGAUGGGGUCCAAGAAUACAAAAGCUCCCACGAUUGAAUCUCCAUGCCAAGGAAAAUAGAGGAGUCAAAAGACAACGAUCCCAACCCAUCGAUUUUAGCAACAAUCACAUACAGGCUCCACAAUCUCCAACAUCUUAUUUACCAUUAUUCCACAAAAACACGACACAAAAACACCCACGGAGAUGUAAGGAUGGCGGCGGUACUUGUACCCAACAACAGACAGUCGAUUUAUCUCUACCAGAAAGUCAAGUUACAUGGAAUAAAAGCUGUCUCAAGCAAACAGAACUAAACAGUGGUGAGAAGCCAGCAGCACUCACACUAGGAUGGGAUAUUCAAGUUCACUCGGAUGACACUGAGAUAAGAACCCAUCCUCAUGACCGCUUUCCAUUCAGCAAUACGAAACCCGUCUCCGAGAAGCCAGCCAGUACAGGUAUACACUCUCAAUUUACAGAUAAACAAUCACCUAAGCCUCCCCAACAGAUCUUGGAUGAUCUGGUCUUGCUGGGUCAGUAUUAUUCUUUUCAAUUCACCAGGUGUCACAUGAUUACCAACAUUCCGGAGCCAUUGCAUUCUGGGAUAAAGGUAAGCAAUUUAUGGAAGAAGGAAAAUGAGAGUGGGGGACUAGAGGUUACAAAUUGUCUCUCUAUAUAUCUGCCGGAAACGCUCCAAGCAGACGCUUUCCUUGUCAUCAGAUUGGGUUGCUCCAACGGAAUUGACAUCUGCAACUGGCUCGGUCUUGGGAAUCCAGAGGAAGGCAUAGCAAAUGGCAGAAGCUAA